UCCUACCAUACCUUUAACAUGGGAACACUACUUUCAGGAAGAGCUUGACAUCAUGAACAGCUCUUGCAACCUGAGUAUGCUGGAGGCUCAGUCACAGAUGAACGACACCAUCUACCACCUGAUUAAACUGGUCAGCACAUGUGUGAGCUGCAGCCUGAACACUUUACUCAGUGCUCCUUUACUCCUGGUCAUCAGCCGCUCCCCAUCCCUCCUCAGACACACACGCUUUCUGCUUCUCACAAACCUCCUCUUGUGCAUCAACCUUCAGCAGCUCCUGUGGAUGAUCAAAGCAAUUCUUUUAAACUCCAAUGAGUCCAUGCCUGCAGCUCAGUGUCUAAUCUUCCUCACUGCUAUCCAGAUGUGCUCCAUGGUGGACCUUUUCCUGAGCACUGCUCUGUCUGUGGACCGCUUUGUUGCCGUCAGGUGGCCCUUACGCUAUGAGUUCUUAGUGUGUCCUCAGAGAAGAAAAGCAGCUGUUGCUGGCAUCUGGAUGUUACCAGCUGUGUUCAGCACUGCGGCUCUGGGUAUGAACCUGAGCACCGUCCAGGUCGACUUUUCCAUUCUUCGCUGUCGACCGCUCAUCUUUACACCCUGCCUGUCCUGGACGUUGGCUGUGGUUCUUACUGUGGGGACAGCUGUGGUGAUCCCACUCUGCUACCUGACCAUCCUGGGAUGUUUCUGCUUCCUUUGUUGGGAUAUGCGCGCAGGUCUGAGCUGCGCGAGCAGAGCGUGUGUGACCCUGAGCCUCCAGGCAGCUCAGACCCUUCUGUUCUCUGUUCCUCUGCUCAUGGACACCUACCUGCUCCCUGGUUACCUGCACAGUGAUGCCUUAGAUAUAGCAACCACCAUCACUUACGAUCUGGGGAUCACUCUCAUCCCGUUGGCCUACGGUUACCGCUCACGGGAGCUGCAGCGAAGGAUACGGCAGGCUGCCCACAGAAAUACAGCCAACAAUCAAAACGAACUGUAGCUGAUGAUUCAACUUGUACUGUUGCAAUAAGAGAUUCAUUGUGUACUUUUCCUGCAUCAUACUUAUUUAUCUAAAAUGAGCAGUACUUUUAAAUAUGUUAGUACUUGUAUAAAUAAGCUUAAAUUGAUUUGAAAAUCCCUAACCUAUGUUGCUGAACCCAGCCUUCAACUUGUACAAGCUCUUAGCAAGGUACAACCUAUAGUCACAAGUUUCAUAAAGUCCUUGGGGCAUUAUUGUGUCCACUAAGUUUCAGAGACUCGCCACCUGGUGGGCAUAAUUAGAAGUGAAACAUGCUCAAUGUCAAACGUGUAUGCGGUCUUCAAGUUUCACCUUGAUACACUAAAUCUUUGCCCAGAUAUCACAUACACAAGGUUUCAGAGAUCCCCCCUUCUGGUGGCCAUACU